CACCGCACGGGAGCCGCUGGGACCAAGCGGUCACUUUCCUAUUUCCCAGCGGGAGUCAGUGGAAGGGAAACCCGCUGCCCCGGGCCGGCCCACGGUCCCCGAGGGCGUCUCCGGCGGAGGCUUCGCUUCGUUCCCGGAGCCGGAGCGGCGAGUCUGUCCGCUCAGGGGACUGGGGAGAGCGGGAGCUCCUGCAGGUCAGGGAGGCGGCAGUCGGUGUCUCCUCGGGGAAACUGGUCGGGUCCUGGGGUUUGUUUCUUCCCAGCGGCAACUUUCAGUCUGGGACGGGCGGGAAUUGGCUGAGAGGCGGUCGAUUGGAAGGUGGGAAACUCCCUGUUCCCUGCGCUGAAACUCUCGGUCACUGGGCGGGUGGGGAUUCCCGGGCCCUGAACGUGGGGACAGGCUGCACAGAGUUUGUCGGAGGAACGGAACUGAAAAUAUAUUGAAAAUAAACACUGCCGGUGUUGGAAUUCUGAAAUGAAACCAGAAAAUGCUGGGAAGUUCUGAUGAAGGGUCUUCGACCUCAAACGUGAACAGUUUCUCUCCCCACAGAUGCUGCCUGAUCUGCUGAGUGUUUCCAGCAUUUUCUGGUUUAACUUUAAUGGGAUAACCGGCUCUUUCUCGGGUCGGCAGCCUGUGAGCCCUGGGAUACGGCAGAUAUCAGUGCUUGAGUCCCGACUGUUGAAAACGUAUAUCCACGAUUUGUCUGAGGGAUCCACAAUUCAGACUUCUCGUUGUGAAAUUCCUGGUGCCUGGAAGCAUUUAAUUUUUUCUUGGCCUCUGCGACUUCUGAAAGGCAUCGAUAUCCACUUCAUAAUGAGAUUACAGGCUGCACUUUUACUUAAUUGAACAGGAUACCGUCAUGUGAUUUAUUUCCGAUCCGACUGUAAAUGUGCCCCGUGCCUUGACUUAGCACAACGGUCAUUUCACAGCGCUGUCCCCGGGAAUCCUGGCUCCCUCCUCAUCGGUGUUUCUCUGCAGGAGCUGUGGAAAAGGGCUUGCUGCUUAACGUUCUGACGCUACUGAAACUAAUGGUGGAAACAGUCAAUGAUUUCUGCCUGUGAUGAAGGGAAGAUGCUUCAGUUUUGUGUGUCUGCUGGUCCACGCUGUGAUGAUGGAGGAGUUCGGUGUGUUUGUACCAGGCUAUCCCAUUGCGGUCACGGUGGGUGAAGAUGUGGUAUUAGAGUGCCAACUAGUACCAGUUACGUCACUGGACCAUCUGGAGGUUCGAUGGUUUACAUCGAGCCCGGCUUCACCAGUACACUUAUAUACCGGCGGACAGGAUCGACCUGAUGUGCAGGACAAGGCUUAUCAAGGGAGGACAAAACUUUUUCAGGAAGAGUUUCACCGUGGAAAUGCCUCACUUAAACUGAAGAGGACAAAGUUAUCAGAUGAAGGGAGCUACACGUGUUCCAUCAAAUCCAGCACGUUCCAUGAGCAGGCGGUGCUCAGACUACAAGUUGAAGGAUUCGGACUCCGGCCCCGGAUUCACCUGGAGGAAAACAACAAGCACGGAGUUCGUGUGGUGUGUAAAUCCGAUGGGUGGUAUCCUGAGCCACAGAUACGGUGGGUGGAUGGGAGUGGACAAGACGUAACAGCACUGUCUGACACACGAUUCACAGAGGGGUCUAGAAGUCUCAUCACUGUCCAGAGUCACAUCGAUGUCACAAGCGAUUCCGUGAACAGGUUUUCGUGUUUCAUCCACAGUCAGUCAUUGAGAGAAAUACGAGAGGCCCAUCUCCAGAUAUCAGAUGAUUUCUUCCAUAAAGUCAAUGAGUUCAACAUCUGGCUGGUGAUUUUCUGGGUGUUUGCCGGCCUUGUGUUUACAGCUGCUGCGUUUGAUGUAAUGAUCCACAGAAAAGAAGAUAAAAUGAUUAAAGAACUCCAGCUGUUUUGUGCUUUGGAAGGUCACAAUGAUGUGGAAAUAGAUUAUGUCUCCGUCACCCUGGAUGUGGAAACGGCGCAUCCGUGGCUCGAGGUGUCUGAGGAUCGGAAGGGGGUGAGAUGGACCUGGACCCAGAGGGAUCUCCCCGACACCGGGAAGAGGUUCACAGUCUGGCCCUGUGCGCUGGGAUCGGAGGGAUUCACAUCGGGGAGACAUUACUGGGAGGUGGAGGUGACGGGGAGUCGGGACUGGAGUCUGGGAGUCGCCGCAGAGUCUGUGGAGAGGAAGAGAAAGGUCGAACUGAUCCCGGAGAACGGAGUCUGGAGCAUCGAGCGGGCUGGUGACGAGUUCUAUGUGAACACCUCCCCUCUAUCCCGUCUCCCUGCCGGUCCCAUCCCCCGGAGGGUGGGAGUUUAUCUCAGUUACGGGUCCGGGACAGUUUCAUUUUACAACAUGGACACCAAGUCCCAUCUCCACACCUUCACUGGGAAUGAAUUCACGGGGAAACUUUAUCCUUUCUUCCGGAUUUGGGAUUUCAACAAGUGGCUGAGAAUCCGCUCCGGUUCCGCUCCGGAUCUGUAAACCGGACGGAUCCCGGGACCGUCGUCAGGAGCGGGGUUCAGGGGCUGUGGGGCAGAAACCCCGUUAACAACAGGUUGGUGCUGAUCGGGUCCCAUUUAAUCCCCAAAUUCCGCAUUGUAAAACCCAAAAUGAGCCCAGAAAUAAAACCGGUGUAAAUAUAAAUGUGGGAAGUGUGAAAUAAAAAGUGAAUGGAG